UGCAGCGCGCUUAUCUAGUCUUCCGUGCUCUGCAGGAAGAAAAUUCCGAGUGGAAGAUUAGCGUCAGUCUCCUCGUACCAUUCAGUGAACAGCCCUUAAAAAAGUGUUAGAGUCGCAGUUAUAGACAGUUGCUGGUUUUUUCUGUUUUUGUGAACAAAGAUUCGUUUGGUUGGUAGCGAGUGUUUGAAGCUUGUGGAGGGACAAUGGCACCAAAAAGAAACUGUGACGAGGAGGAUCAUCACAAUAACGACGACACCCAUCUUCAAACUGUUGCUAAAAGGAGACGCGACGGGACCAUCGAUCAUUCGCUUCUUGCCGCUUUGGAACCUGUUCUUCGCAAAUUGAUGGAGGAGUUGAUUCCUCCUAUGCUAGAGCGUCACGUGUCCCCGUGUUGUCGAUUUUGCCAUAACCAUCAGGGUGGCAGUUCCGGAGGCAGAGCUUACCAAUUGUGCUUCGUCAAUGGAUUGCCUCAAGUAAUUUUCACCAUGGCCAAUCUCACAGCUGAGGACGGUGGUUCACUUGAAAUUGAGCUGCGGGAUGCUGCAUCGCAGCAACGCGUUGACACAGAGGAAUUUUCGAGCAUGAAGGCUCAGAUCUAUGUGCUGGAUGGUGCUUUUGAAAGUCAGGACUGGACUGCAGAGGAAUUUGAUGGCAACAUUGUGAAACCAAGAGAGGGGAAGGCACCAUUACUCAGAGGACAAACGGUUAUUAAAAUUGAAAAAGGGGUUGGUUUUAUCGAUAAGAAGAGGCUUAAGAUUACUGAUAACUCUAGCACCACAAGAAGCAAAACGUUUCGGUUGGGAGUUAAAAUCGUGGGAACUAACUCCCAUGGAGUAGGAAUCAGGGAAGCCAUAAGCGAACCCUUCAGGGUCAAGGAUAAACGUGGAGAGUCGGCAAGGAAAUCCGAGCGUCCAGCCUUGAACGAUGAAGUAUGGCGUCUGAGGAACAUUGGAAAAGCGGGUGAGCUUCGCAAGCAGCUUUCCCAGAAUAGAAUAAAGACUGUGAAGGAUCUUUUGCGGUGGGACACAAUCGGUUUAUUACGGAAGAAAUUCAGCAAGAUUAAUGCAUGGGACAAAAUCAUUGAACAUGCUAAAGAAUGUGAACUAGAUGAUUCUGAGCGCUACUUGUAUACGUAUCGUGCCACGGAACCAGAGAAAUCUGUUUCCCUUGUCUUUAACUGCAUCUAUGAGCUUGUGGAGGUCAUUAUUAACGGCCAACAUCGUUCUCUGCAAUCUCUGAAUUCGGAGGAGGAGCGUUUGGUGGGAAGAAUGAAGGUGGAAGCAUACUCAAAUCUGGAGCAUCUGGAGCCAAUUGCUGCCACACCAACAACACAUGAUGACUUAGUGUCGAAGUUAACAGGUACACAGGCGGUGUCAUACAGUGCUGCAUAUCAAGGUCUGCAACUGCCUGAUCACCAAGAUGCAGGUCAAUUGGAAUCAUCAACAUCAAUUGCAAAUGAUCCCUGGCCGUUCUUCUUCGAAGAUGAGCAACCAAAUUUUUUAUACUAUGCAUGUGAUGUUGAUGAUGACUAUGGAGGAGGAGGAGGAUCAUGUAGCAAAGGCAGCUCCUUUUUGCCUAACACUGCUGAGUAUAUGUCAAGAAAAGGGAAAGCCAAGACGGUUUGGCAGAAAGUCAGAAAUGCUUUCAAACUCCUCAUACAUCCGAAUAUGGCUUAAAGGAAGAACCAAUUUUCCUUUUGCGGUCAGAAUUGAAUUGAAUUCGUUUUUCUUUUGAUUGCUGCUUCAUUUGCGUUUGCCCAAGUCAAUUUCUGUACUUCGUUAACCAACUAUUAAUUUAUAAAUGUCGUGCCAAUUUGUCUAUUGCCAA